UAAACGCUUUUCAUGCGCCAAAUUUACCUUUCAUUACUAAAUAAAUAUAAUUUAUUUUACAAUAUAUAGACAAAUAAAAAAUGUAUAGCUCUAGUGUUAUUGGAACCUUUGUAUCUCAAAAAAUUAAUAAAAUACGUUGGAUUCAAGAACAAUAUGUGGAGGGUAAUUCAUUUUUAACUGGAAGUUGGGAAAAUUCUGAAAACAGUAUUAGAUUAUGGUCUCAUAAACCUGCUGAAGAUGAUUCUGAGGUCUCACCAGAAGAACAAGCUGAAAUAGAAUUUUCAGGCGAUGUUACAGAAUUGUUACUACUCAAAAAUAAUACAGAAAAUUUUGUUGCUUCAUCUAGUAACGGUGAUGUUAAACAAUAUAGAAUCUCUCGGCGUUCUGAUUUACCGCCUAGAAUUAUGGAAGUUCUCAGCUGGAAAUCAUUACAUAAAUGGAAGUCAGAAAAAGCUUCUUGUACAGGCUUAGAUGUAUAUGAUGGUGAUAUAGUCACUGUCGGAGAAGAUGGAAGAAUAAAUUUAUUGACAGCUAAUCAAAGGGACGUUGUUUGUACAAUUAACGACGCUGACAGUUGUACAAUUACUUGUGUGUGUUUUCUAAAACAUAAUGAGAUUUUAACAGGAAAUUUAAGAGGACAAAUGCGAAGUUGGGAUAUCAGAUGCCCACAAAAAGAUGCCAAAGUAGAAUCUACUUUUAUGAAAAGUGGAGACCAUACAGCCACCACGUGUAUAACUCAUCAUCCUACACAAAGACAUAUGGUUCUGGCCGGAAAUGAGGAUGGAUCAAUGGCUAUUUGGGACUUACGCUUAGCCUCAUAUCCAGUUUCUAUAUUAUCUGCACAUCAAGAUUCAAUCACUGAAUUGAAAUUCCAUCCAGACAGGCCAAAUAAACUUUUUUCAAGUUCUGCUAAUGGGGAAUUAUGGCAUUGGGAUGCUGAGAAGCUUGGAGGUAGUGAUGGAAUGGCGUGGCUUAAUUCAGAAUCAUCGAAACAAAAGCUUCAAGUAUUUGCAUUGAUAUCUGGUUUGCAUAAACCAAUAAACACAUUGGAUCUCAAUCGUGAAAAGGCUAUAUGCGGUUGUGAUAAUGAAGCUGUAUAUCUAAUGAAUAAUAUAUUUGCAUAA